UGUUUUCCUUCCUUUUUACAUCAAUGAAUUCGUUUGUGCUGGAAUCCGAACACAGCGGAGGAAUCUGAAAACUGAAACAAAAAUGUAGGCCACGUCCCAGCAUGGCAGCGUUUCCUCACGCAGCCCAGAGCAGAGCGGCGGCAUCAACGGCGUUGGCGACGGAGCGGGAAACGAGACACCGGCGACCCGAAUGAAACCCGAGAGUGAGAACAGAUCGAUGUCCAGGUGUAGAAACGCAGAAGAAGCACAAAGAGCCACGAGGAAAUGAGAAAGUCAGCGAGAAAGUCGGAGGAGCAGAAGGAACCAAGCUGGACGAUGACUUCAAGGAAAUGGAAAAGAAGGUGGACAUCACCAGCAGAGCGGUGCUGGACAUCAUGACCAAAACCACAGAGUACCUCCAGCCCAAUCCAGCAUCCAGAGCCAAGCUGAGUAUGAUCAACACCAUGUCGAAGAUCCGCGGCCAGGAGAAGGGGCCCGGCUACCCGCAGGCCGAGUCCAUCCUGGGAGACGCCAUGCUGAAGUUUGGCCGGGAUCUGGGAGAAGAGUCCUGCUUUGGCCUGGCGCUGAUCGACGCCGGCGAGGCCAUGAAGGAGCUCGGCGAGGUGAAGGACGCUCUGGACAUGGAGGUCAAGCAGAACUUCAUCGACCCGCUGCAGAACCUCCAUGACAAAGACCUGAAGGAGAUCCAGCAUCAUCUGAAGAAAAUGGAGGGCCGGCGUCUGGACUUCGACUACAAGAAGAAACGUCAGGGGAAAGUCCAGGACGACGAGAUCAAGCAGGCGCUGGAGAAGUUCGACGAGAGCAAAGAGAUCGCAGAACAGAGCAUGUUCAACCUGCUGGAGAGCGACAUAGAGCAGGUGAGCCAGCUGGCAGCGCUGGUCCAGGCCCAGUUGGAAUACCACAGCCGCUCCUCAGAAAUCCUCCAGCAGCUCUCCAGCAAGAUGGAGGACAGAAUAAAAGAAGUGUCCAGUAAACCCAGGAAGGAGUACACUCCCAAACCCAAGAUGACUCUGGAGCUCCUGCCCCCCAGCGAGAGCCACAACGGGGGGAUCCACUUGGCCAAAUCCCCGGGGAAAUCACCAGCGCCGAUGGACCAGCCCUGCUGUCGAGCGCUCUACGACUUCGAGCCAGAGAACGAGGGCGAGUUAGGCUUCAAGGAGGGCGACAUCAUCACUCUGACCAAUCAGAUCGACGAGAACUGGUACGAGGGCAUGAUCAACGGCCAGUCGGGCUUCUUCCCCAUCAACUAUGUGGAUAUCCUGGUGCCGCUGCCCCACUAGUGUCCAGCCCGCCGCCCGGUUCUUCCCUCUCGACCAAUCCGGACACCCGUGAAACAGCCUGUAUUUGCAGAAACGACAAACCACGCCCUCCUUCUACUUCUUCUUCUUCUUCUUCUGUGCUUCUGUGCAAUUCUGCUUUCACUAGAAUGGACCAAACCGAGAGAGGCGCUGGACAACACAGGACUUUCAAAAAGAGACGAUGAGGAGGGGAGGAGGAGACUAUAGGGUAAGCGGUGCAGCAACGGAGGACGAGAAGAUGGAGAGAUGUUGGUCUGUUAAAGCAUGGUGCAUAGCCUGGCAGCAAUGGACACCAAUGAGGCUUUGGAGACUUGCAAACAAGGCACAGUGUAUUAUGUACAUGCAUGUCUGAAUGUGUGUUUCAACCUGUCCGUACUCCGUUAUGACGAAGCCAGCACAAAUUCCUGCUCAUCGGUUACCAACCUGACAGCUUUUCCUCAUCUCUUUGCUUUGACUUCUUCUGCUUUUCUAGAAGUUUUCAUUUUUGUUCUCUCCGUCUUACUAGCACUGUCUUUUAGCAUGGCUCCGUAACCUAUAGAGCUACAGCUGUUGUCAUUUUACUAACUCUGCCUUUCUCGGAGUCGGCGUAGAUUUUCAGUUCAGUGGUUAAAUGCAUGGAACAGCCACAUCAACGGUUUAGGAGGUUAGACCCAGUUCCAGGGUGAAUACGAGGUUUAAUCUUUGAGUUUAUCUGUCUUGGAUGGAAACUUUAGCAGAGUUUUAGAAGACAGCAGCCAUGUUGGAUCGGUGAAAGAGAGGAAAACCUUGAGGUUGCCGUGUUCUACAGCGGCUAAAAUAAACUAGUAACCAUUUGUAGAAAGAUUUGCACUGAGCUACAGAGAGGUUUUGUUUUUCUGUCCUUCUAGAGUCACAUCUGUUGGUUUUCAAGUGUGGAGCUGUUUGCAGAUUUGUCUAGUUCCCUGCCUUUGCACGCGAGACUGACUCGCUGAAAUCUUAACGUUUAAUGUUCAGGACUUUGGUCCAACAUGCAUUCAGUUCAGAUGUUGAUCACUGCCUCCCUAAAACGACACAUAACUGUUGACGUAGGAAACAAAAUAGUUUACAGAAAACAUUCUGACAUUAUCAUAUUUAAUUUCCCUUUGGGAUCAAUAAAUUAUUCUUUAACUGACCUGAACAAUAUUCCUUUAAACAAAAAAUAUAGAAUUAGGUUUUCUGUCUUCAACGGUACAGAAGAUCAGAAGGUUAUUUUUGACUUGGUCGAGUCAACAUAAACAUUAAAACGCUAAACGUGCCAGAAUGUCGUCACCGGUCUGAAACUCCCUCCAGGUUUCCAGCUGGAUGGGGAAAAUCCUAGAACCUCAAUGGUGCUCCAAGAAUUUUGUUCUGGUUCUAGAAUUUUCAGCAGAAAAUAUACAAGAUAUAGUUUGGGUUUGUUCAUAAAGCCAGUUUCAUUGUUGGUGGUAAAUAUUGUCCAUACUUGUUCUAGUUGAUGUAUAAUUAGACGGGACAGGACUGGUACUACAGUUACUUGUUUUAGUUUCUGGAUCAGUAGCGUUCUUUGUAUUUGGGUUUAAAGGUGUUUGUUACAACCUCAUGAAAGAGAUUAAGUUGGUAACUGUUGCAUAUAGCUCUUCAAUAAUACAGUAGUUUAUCAAGCAGUUAACCUAUACUGGUAGUAAUAAAACCUACAUUCAUAAAAAACCUUUAGUUCACUUAAAUGCUUUAGUGAAACAUCUGAGAUGUUUGAUUUUUGACUUAAUGCUAGCUACAUGUUUUUAACAUCUAGAGGUUUAAGAUUAGCAUGUGUUCCAGAAGCCAGUUGAAAUUCACAUACUGAUGAGGCAUAACUGUUUCAAAGUUUUGAUUUUGCAAAACUGAAAAGGCAUUUUUACAUUUCUAGGAGUUUUGCUAGCAAAAAAUAUAACCAGAGUGCUAAAUGUUGUACUUGCGGCUUCCUCUUGUACCAUAGUGCUAUUUUUAAACAGCUCCAAAUUUACAUUAAGACUUUUUAAAUUCUAAUAUUUAGCAUUAAUUUUAAAUGCAAACUCUUUUAUCCUGGUAAUAAUUGCAUUUAACAAACAAUAUCAGCAGGAAUCUGUGCUAGCAAAGCUAAUGCUAACUGUGUAAAGAGUGGCUAAUCACACACAACCGUUAGCAUCGUAUAUUAGUGCUUUAAUGACAGUGUUGAGCAGAGAACUCAUCAGUAUACACUGGCUAAAUACUGAAUACCUCAUGUAACAUUAAGCGAAGUUAGCAACGUCUUUUGGAUUAGAUUGUCAGAGGGUCAUGCUUCAUUUAUAAGCACUGCUCGCUUUUGUCACGUCUUAUUAGUUAAAUUAUUUUAAAUAGGUAACCUAACGUCUGUGGUAACAUUUUAACAUGUUACAUGGUAACAUGGACUUAUUUCCAUUAGUAAGGAUUUCGAUACAAGUAAAAUAUCCUUGUUUUUGUAUUGACUUUUGUAUUGAGUUUUAAAACAGACAAGUGAGUAUCCUUCAUAUACUAUCCAUCUAAAUUCAGUUGAAAAAUAUUGCAAGUAUUACUUCUCUCUAAAUUUCCAGUUGUUAUAAUAAUAACACAGACUACUGAUUUUUGUCUUCAGAAUAUUUGCAUUGUUCUUCACCUUUGUGGUUACUUGACAGAAGCAACUUUACCUCAUUAUUGCUUUAUCAAGUGACAUUAGAAUCAAACCAGUGAUGAAAGGAUUUAACAUGUCAUACACUAUUUUGGCUGGAGAAUAGUGAACUUUGAAGCUGUAAAAACAAAAAAUAGAGUAUUUUAGACAUGAAUGCUAAUAUUAUGAAACUGCAGUGUCAAACUUACCACAGAGAUCUACCGUCAAAUAAACAAUAAUCACCAUGGCAAUAAAUGACGCAACAAUAAAAUUUAACAUUUCAAUAAGAACACAAGCUAUUAUCUAUCUAUCUAUCUAUCUAUCUAUCUAUCUAUCUAUCUAUCUAUCUAUCUAUCGGCUAGAUAGCUAGCUUGCAUGCUAGCUCGCUAGCAAUCUGUAGACAAGUCUAUCUGUUAGCUAGCUAGCUUGCAUGCUGGCUAGUGGUCCCUAGCUAACAGUCUAUCUAUCUAUUGGCUACUUAGCUUGCAUGCUAGCUAGUUAUUUCUAGCUCUAACAGUCUAUCUGUUGGCUAGCUAGCUUUCAUGCUAGUUAGCAAUCUCUAGCUAACAGUCCGAUGUGCGACACCAAAAUAAGACUAAUGAACUUUCUCUGCCACAUUCUAGCUACUCCUAAACUGUUGCAGGUUUUAGAAGAUGGAGGUUUGGAGCACAAUGUAUGUUCAGUGUUUUUCUUUUUUAUUUUAUGUUUUUUUAAUUUUUUUCUACCUUUUUUUCAUUGCGUGAACUUCUGUGUCUAAAAAUCUGAUUUUCAGAUUCUGUCUGUGGAAGGUUUGUGAGCUGCACGCAACCGAAGCGCUUAAUGUGUGCUGUCAAGGAUGGCUGUCCAAACACAAAAUCAGUAAAAAUACAACUAGUGAGACGUCUGUCUCAGCUUUCAUUGUGAGCAAUUAGCUUAUUUUAGAAAGUGCUAUAUAAUUGCUCCGUGGGCAAGCUUUUAUCCCACUUAGGUCUAAGCAUUCCUAUUUAAACUACAAAGUGCUUUAUGACUUUUUUAUUUUCUGUUAAAUGUCUUAAUAUAAUUCGGCCCAGCUUUUACCUGUUUCUGUUUUCUGUCUUUGCCGAUUUGCCCUCUAUGGCGACAUGUAUUCUAACCUCAAUGAGGAACUUGUUGUACAGUGUUAUUCUCCAUGUUCACUAUUCACUUACGUGAGUGUCAGACCUCGGCGACUUUACUUGCCUCUUCUUAGUUUUCAGCGUAAUGUGUGGACUGAAGGAUAAAACGUAGCACUUAAACCAAACCUGGUUUCAUCUCAGCCUUUCAUCGGUUGGAAGCUAGCAAAAACACUCAUCUGGGAUGACCUUCAAACUAUUUAGGAAAGGAAAAAAGCUGAGCAUUGAUAUUAAAAUGCAAUGCUUUUUCAGUUUGAGUUUAAAUUGAGACUUUUUCAUCUGCUUUGGUGUGUUAGUUUUUUUUAUGGGGGCAUUAAAAGAUUUUAUUGAAUGGAGUUAGCCUCUUUCUGCUUCGACGGCACCAAAACAGACAUUUUUCUCCUGUAAUUCAAUUGCAUCAUCAUGACGUAAAUUAGUGCAGCUUUCCAUUUAUUUCAAAGAUAGGAACUGUGAGCCCCGAAAGAGCCAAAGAAGAAAAAGCAAAAUGUGCUUUAGCAAGACCCUGACUUGUUUGUGUAAGAUCCCAGAAAGGCUUUGCAAAACCCCUUCAGGUUUUCUUGUGACAUCAGGCAAAGAUUUGCAAGAUCAAGAGGAGUGAUGAAAUCCCACAAAAGUUGUAUUGGAUAAAGCAAAAGUUAAGAAGGAUUAAUGCAAUUAGUCUUCAGUAGUGGCCUAGUCACUGCCCAAGUGUUGUUGCAGUUUGUCUACAUUGACGAACAUUUAAAUGAAACUCAAACUUAAGAUUUAUUUGUCUUGUCUCAGGCCUAAACCACAUGUAGGUCAAUAUCUGGUCAAACGAAUACAGUUUUAUGUGUUUUUGCCUUUUAUCCACACAAAAACUAUGUUUAAUAUCACUAAAAUGAUUAUAAAAACUCCAAAGUGGAGAUUUGGGAGAACUCCGUAUUUAACAAAAAAUCAACAAUAUAUCCACAAACCUCGUUUGACACAGUUCCCAAUCGACAGUCUCAUUUUAAUAACUUUAUAUUCUAAUACUCUAUUUAAAUACAGUUCAACCUAUUAAUCUGCGCACACAAAUGAACUUCCUGGCGCCAUGUUUAAUUCCUAACAGGAAGUCGUGAUUGUUUUGAAACAAUCUGAUCAGCUGACAGGUUUUAGUUUGGCGUUACACUGCCCCCUAUGGGUUUGGCAUGCUUAAUACAACGCUCAGGGGUGAAAUUGUUUGGGUUCAACUGGAUGAAAACGUAUAUGAAACUGAUCCUGUGUGUAUGAUAUUAUUUUUUAAUAAAUGUGGCGUAGAGAUUUGUUUAUAAAAAUACAUGGCUACGUCUUUUUAUAAACAACUACUGAAUUAUUGGUGAUUCUGAAACUAUUAUGGUUUUACCAACACAUUUCAAUAAUUGUAUUUAUAUUUUUUCACAUGUUCUGAUCAUUUUGAGAGCGGGUGAUGAUCAUAUGUGUUUCCAUGGCUAAUGGAGGUGGAAGUCACACAUUUCUGAUGCAGAGUCUUUCCCUUAUCUGCCUCUUGAACCCUCAUCUUUUUCAGGAACCCGAAAACCUUUAUGGGAUCUUACAAAAAAAACAAGCCAGGAUCUCUGAACAUGUGUGGAAUCUCUGAGAACUUUUGAGAAAUCUUGCGACCCUUUUUUGGGAUCUUACGAAACAAAAAAUGUUAGAAUCUUCCAAAAGCCAUUUGGGAUCUCUGGCAAAAUAUUGGAAAAUCUUACAGAUGCUGUGAAAAUAACUCUAUUAAUUCUAGAGUCCCAAAAGCUCUUACAGUACUUUUGGGACUCAGUCUGAGAAUAACAUCUCAGACCAGAUUAACUGGUUUUCAGUAAAAGAGUCUGUAAUCGUUGUCUUCAGUGACCAGUUUGAAUGCUAUCAAUGCCAACCAACAGCAACAGGUUAUUUCUCUCUGCAUUUAUCUAUGACUGUUUUGAAAAUAGAUACAGUUUUAUGUGUGUGUUGUAGCAAAUUUUCAACAGUCAUAAAUGCAGUUGGACAGUUCCAUCUGUCACCACAUGUCCUGCAUGUGGCGGCCAUAUUGGAUCUAAACUGACGUUGCUCAACCUGUUUUCUGAAAAUGUUUGCACUAUGAUUUCUGAGGCAUAAUAAUUUGGCCUUGGUCUGACCUGUGGCUGUGUUACAUAAUGAAGCUGUACGCCUUGUGGCUGUAUUAAAAAUGAAAUGUAAAAAUAAACAGCUCUAUGCCUGUGGAACCUGCCGUUCUCUGGUGAGCUACUUGUGUGUAUGUAAAUAUAUAUACACAACUCAUUACUAUUUAUUUAAGUAUUGUACAUAUUCAUUUGGUUAUUUAUUGAUUUAUUUAUUCCAGAGUCCUGUUUAUUCGUCAGGCACCUGUGACAUUACUUUGAUGGUUGUAAUCACUUGGGUUUGUGGUGUAGCGGAGAGGAGGAGGUGGUUAUUUUCAGGGUCUGUGGGUGGGGUGGAGAAAGAAACCAUAGCUGUGAUUCUAACUGUUGCUCUCCUCGUAUUGGACAGUGAUAUACUCUAAGACCACUGUAUGUAUAACUGCUUGUUGUGAAGAUGAUCUACAGUGAUAUGACAAUAAAGAACUAAAACCACAAUCAAAAA